AUGUCGUACUAUGACAUUGAUUCCAUAUUGACUGAUGCACAAAAACUACCAUGUACAUUUGAACUCGAGGUGCCCGGACUGGGCAUUCUAGAAGGCAAUGCCGGUGAAGAUAUCAAAGCCGGUACCCGCAUCGACCUGCCACUAUGGCUCGGUGAAAUGCUUUCUAUCGCAGCCCGCAUAGGAACAUCUCGCCUUGUUACCCUCGAUAUGCCAGAAGCCCUCUCUGAGCGCGUAAUGAACGCCCUCAAAGCCGAUCCCCGCACCGUGGACCUCCGCGCCCUAGCACCACACUUCUACCCUCUCAGCGAGCGAAUUCUUGAAAUCUUCGAGGAGGAGGAAAUGGUCGACGUCUUGACUGAUACCUUUAAGCGACGGGCGGCUGAGAUUGCCGACCACGCGCAUAAUUCUCGGGGAGCUGUGGGAGAUGGUGUCGAAUUCCUGCGUGGACUGGAUGAAUCAGAGAGACAAUUGUUUCGAGCUGCGCAUGAUCGGGCGAAGGAGAUGCGUAUCUGGGCUGGAGAAGCGAAGAGGAAGUGA